CCGCGUUGAACGCUCCACUCUGAAGCAGCAGCUCGAGGACGCGAACAAGAAACUUCUAGAUCACGCGAACCCGGAGCGGCGAGAAUUCGAAGCGUUGCGACUUCAGCUUGAGGAUGCGUUGAGUGCCCGGGCUAAAGCUGAGAAGCGUACUGAGGCCACCCUCAAGGACCUGCAGUGGACGCGCGAGGUGUAUCAGGACUCUUCCUCAAAAGCUUCGGAGCUCGGUCAACAGAACAUCGAGCUUGAAAGGAAACUGGCGGAAGCCCAGUCACUGGCAUCUGGUGAAGCUGCCCGCGCACGGCAAAUCACCCAGCAAGGGCACAACAAGCUGCUGGAGAAGGAGAAUGAGAAGCUCAGGCUGCUACUAGAAGACCGCAAUGCGGGAUUGAAGUUCAGGGACGAGGAGAUUGCACGAUUAAAAGAGGCGGCACGUGGUCGCAUGGGGACCAGAGGGUCGUCCGUGCCGCGCAGUCCACGCGUGGAGAGCCCGCUGAAGGGACGAACAAGUCGGCAUACUAGUCCUGCUGCGGGCGAUGUGAGGAGCAGAGGAGCUCACCUGCAUCCGUUGCGUAACGGCUAGGCGGAGAGAAGCUGCGUCACUUGGUUCGGUCGCUGGAGAAUACAACACAUCCUUACAUACGACCACCCACAGCACCAACUUCGGUUGUGAGCUUUGCUUCCUCGAUGAUUAUGGCUAAUAUUAUGUUGUAGCUAUCUGAGCUUUGCUCACUAGAUUGACGAGCGUAUAGGAUACAUCGCUUGUGGAUACAACAUUGUGAGAGCCGCCAUGUCUCCAGACAGGCAGUCCGGCGCCCAUAACGCUGCUUCCGGCAAUAUCAAAGCUGGCGGGCAAUCGCACCAAGACAUAUCGUUGCAGCACCCUGCGUUAUAAUCCAGACCAGGGUUGGACUUCUCAGGCGGCGGCAGAUCGAUCGCCAGAGCAGGAUCGAAAGUUUCCGGCCACGUCGCAUCGAAGCCAGCCGGGCUUUCUCCAUAUAUUGACAAUUCCGGUAACACGUCUUGGACCGCUUCCAGUUGCGAGUCGAGUACUUCCGGCCACUGCCAGCUGUGUCCUUGAUCCCAGAAUGCACCUUCCGAAGACCAGCUGCCCGGGUAACUUCGCGCAAAAUCCCCGGGAUCCGAAAAUGCUCGAGCUAAACCUCUCCCUUGGUCUUCAGCAUUCAUCAUACAUUCUCCACCGAUUCCGGCUUCGGGAUGCGUCCCGCAUGCUUUCAAACUCCUCACCACGCCUCCGUCCUCCUUUCCCCAGCGCCCUCUGCCUCUUCUCUCCCUACACGAGCAAACAUGCCCUCCCUUGACGCAUCUCGAACAUGAUCCUCCGUCCACGCGAUCACAUUUCGUUUUCAAUCUCGAACACCGCUCGCAAGCUCUCACGCCUCGAGUCGAAGUCAGCACAGCGCCGCGACCUCCUUCGUGGAUUU